UCGUCGACUGUCAAACAGGCACGCGUUCCUCGACACAUCAUCAACGGCACCAUGAAGCUCUGUCUGUCUGUUCUUCUUGUUGCUUUCGUGGCCACCUUUCUGCACUCCAUCGAGUAUACAACUGGAAACAGUAUAUGUCCUCAAGAGAAUUGCCUGGAAUCGACGAAAUGCGACGACUUGAUAGUUGGUUAUACGUGUCCAAAAUCCAGUGAAGCGUGCUGCAGCAUAGUGAAAUGGGAGCACAGAACACACUGCCGACACUUCAGUGGCGAAUGCAUGAACUGGUGCAACCAGGACCUGCGUCAAACGGUCGUCGAUUGUCCAGCUGACAAAGUCUGCUGCACGUUGGUUUAAUCGAUCAGCAAGGGUGAAAAACAGGCGGCAACAAAAGGCCUGUCCACCGUCUGGAUCGUAGCGUUAAUGUGGGCGAUUAGUUUCGACAUCAGCUGCGGCUCGUAUCUGACGCGAAUGCAAUAUCACGCGAUGCGACGCAUCUGUUCCGGUUAGAACGGUAGAAAACCGGCUUAAUUGGUUUUACAAUUGCAACGGUAGACGCGCGACGUGCGGGCUAAACCCGCAUGCCGAAUGAAAAAUGGCAAACGCCGCGUGAUAAUUGCGAAUACGCGAACACGUGUAGACGAGACGUUCGUCCGCGUGAAAUUAGUGCGAGUGUUAAAACGUUGACUCUUUUGUACAUUGUGAACGACCGUGGUGAUUCGACGCAAUCGUUCGCAACGUGAAAAGUAGACUUUGGUACGUAAAAUCGCACGUAAGGGAGAAGGAGAGGAAAGUAUUUAUGAUAAAUGAGAUAUGAGUAUUUGAUAGACGACGUGAUUAUUUUAUUCUUUCCAUCUUUUCACGAUGUAAUUAAUAGUUACGAUUUAUUGUUACUGUUUGUCGAAGAGAUUCUUGUAAUUAAUUCAUUAGAGUUACAAAGAAAAUACGUAGGAACUAAAAGUAUUUGAAUAGAAGAGUUUAACAAGGAUUUUUAUUUAUUAUUUAACAAUUCGCAAAUAUUAAUGAAUUUAAAAAUUGUAUUGUAGAGGAAUGGGAAAAACUAAGGCAAAAUAUCAUUGAAGAAUAUAAAUUUUUGCUCAAAGAAUGACUGCCUGUUGUUAAAUGCAAAGAAUCGUUUUUCACGAAAUGUACUAUCAUUUUGAUACCCGCUAAAUGUUACCAUAUUUUUAUUUCUUUUCUUUUUAACGCAAAAUGUUAUGUAUUACUAUUGUUUAAUUUAUGUUACUUAUGCAUGUUGAUAAAAGCACUACGGAAGAAUGCAUCGCUUGUUUUAUAAGAAGAACUUUAAUAAUUUUUGUCUAUAUACAAUAUUUUGAAUCUUUAUUAAUAGUGUAAUAAAAGAUUAAAAUAUGAUCAUAUUGGUAAAAUGUAGGAGCAAUCCAAAAAUGUUUAUUGAAAUUAGAAAAUAUUUAUAGAGGAUAUAUUUAGAAUAAAACGCAUAU